GUCGAAAGAAAAUCUUAAUUACCGCACUUGUGAAAACUCUAGAAUGGUGGGCGGAGGUGGGGGGACUGGUCUUACUUUGAUCUCCCACUAAAUUAAAUCUCACAGUGUGUUGGAGGUGUGUGUGUGUGUGUAGAUAAAUACAGCAGCCUGCAAACCACCAGCCCAGACACAACGAAGGUGAAGCAGGAACGCAUUGGAUUGACAAGGCAGCCGGCUCUCUGUAUAUCCAAUUACAAAAAGAAACAACAACACAACAACAAAAACCAAAAAAAAAAAAGAAUAAUAAUCCGUGUGCUUCCUUUAUUGCCUGGACGGCCCGACGACAGAAGAACACUUCUCUUAAUUAUAUAUUUAUAGGCGCUGCAUUGGCCGCUUCCUUUGAUUGUCAGCAUUCGUGUCGAGUGCCUCUCAACUCUCAGUGGAAUCCUACGAUGAAGCGACUCUUCUGUGUCGAGUGGCUGUCCCAGAGCAGCGAUCGCCCCCCCUGCCCGGCUCUCCCUGCCCCCCAGGAGGGGCCGCUGCCGGGGACCCCCCAGGAGAGCCUCCCCGGCUUCUACGCGAAAGUGGGCGCAGGUUUGUGCGCGCAACAGCAACCGCCGCAGAGCCGAGCUGACUCGGACACCCCGCUGCAGUCGCCCGGAUUCACAACGGGUCAGAAGAACCGACUCAGCACCGCAGCCGUGAGCGACGCCGGUUCGGUCAGCAGCGCGGACGAGACGUCGGGGUAUGAGAGCGAGGGCUGCCGGUCGGUAUCCCCGGUCUACCCACUGUCUCCCCCCAAGCAGGGCAGCCCCGGACCCGGCGGUGACGCGCGCUCCGAGCCCCCGGGCGGGCCGGGCCGGCGCCCCCGCACAGCCUUCACCGCGGAGCAGAUUAACCGACUGGAGAGGACUUUCAAGAAGCAGAGCUACGUGGGGACGAGAGAGAAAGAGGAGCUGCGGAAGAAAUUGAACCUGUCCGAGAAGCAGAUCAAAAACUGGUUCCAGAACCGCCGCAUGAAGCUGAAGAGGACCCUGCAGGACGCUCUGGCCCAGGCCUGCCACGCCAAGGUGGCUUCCCAGCUCAUGCACUACCCCGAGCUCCAGGCUUACGGCCCGGGCCCCUUUGCUGGCUAUUACCCGGCGCAGGACGGCACGGCAGCCUACCUAUCAGCGAUGCAGUACCAAGCGCCGCUUCUCAGCGCGCUCCCGGCCCUGCCCAUGGAGACGGCCGUGUACCCCUACGCCGUGCCAUCAGGAGUGGUCAUACCGGCAACCAGCGCCGGUCCCGGUAACGGCAAUAUGAUAAGGAGAUACCACCAGUACGCACCCUAUUACUGACAGGACUGCGGCGAGAGCAGAUAACCAGCUAUUGUUGGCUCCUCUGUUGCUGUAUACCGCUCGGGGAAAGCGGGCGGCUGCUUUGAGAGACCAGAAACAAUUUCAAAUGUGAUCGCAAACUUUGAUACCCUCCAGCUAGGAUGGUAACAAAACUCCAGUUGGAUUGCAGUUUGAGCCAUUCCUGGUUUUAUUGAGAAUUUAAUAAUCAGACACACCUG